AUGUGUCAGCUUCAUGUGGAAGAAAGGACCGAGUUUAUUACCGAUUCCGUCUGCACUGUGGAGACAGUCAGUGUUGCCUUUGUUGACCUCUGUCACACAGAUGAUUGGUUCAUUGAAUACAUUGAAGUGAACUAUGAGGAGAUGGAGACAGGCGAGGGAAUCGUCAUACUGUUUAAUACAUACUACUGGUUUACUGCACAUGGCGAUGAAGAUCAGACAACCGGAAUAACUUGUGACAGUGCUGCUAGUUAUGAUGAUGGGGAGGACGAUGGAACAGCGGGUACGAGAGUGAAUAGCCUGCAGUACAAACAGACGUGCAUGACGAUUUGUGAUAGUUGUGACGGUGGGGAGGACGAUGGAACAGCAGGUACGAGCGUUGGAAGCCUGGGGUACAAACACACGUGCAAGAAGAGAUGCGAAAAGCAAAAAGCAAAGUACAGUGUGUACAUAAAGACUGGACGGGAAAGAAAUGCUGGUUCGAAAGCAGAUUUGGUGUUAACCCUCGAAGGAUGGUGUGGACAAGUUAGUAAGGAAUUGACAAAUGGGAUAGACAUCAGACUAAGAAAAGGACGCGCAGGUACACUCAAGUUUAUUGCCGAUUCUGUCUGCGGGAUGAAAACAAUUGGUGUUGCCUUUUCUGAUCCCUGUCACAAAGAUGAUUGGCUCAUUGAAUACAUUACAGUGGUCACUGUAGAGAUGGCGACACGCAAUAGAGACAGAAAGACGUUUCGGACGAACUACUGGCUCAGUGCACAUGGUGAUGAUGAUGAGGAUGAUGAUGAGCAUACCACCGGAAUAAAAUGUGUCAAUGUUCAGCUUCAGGGUUUCACCUCCAUUAUUAAAAAACAAUAUGCUACCUGCAGGUCUUACCAGGUAUGUGGGUAGUGAUGAGAACGGAAAUAUUUGUGUCCUAAAUGUAACUAUUGUAGGUUUUGUUGAUAAUGAACCUGUAAGACUGUCACAGUAUUGA